AUGGACAAUGAAUGGUGGAAAAAAAUGAAAAAGGAAAUUCCGGGAUGUGGAAAGUUCAAGAAGAAAGCAUUGCAAAAUCAAGAUUUUCUUCGAGAGAUGUUCGGUGAUAUCUCUAAUGAUGAAACCGAUCAUUGGAAUCCUAUGAGUGAUAACCCUAUUAUUCCUAAUGAUCCUAUUGUUCCUAAUAGCCAACAAGAGCUUGAAAACAUUGAUGAGGAUGGAGAGCAACAAGGAGGAGAGGAGGAGGGUUGGGAGGAUAUGGUUCAUGAUUGGGGAUAUAUGGAGGAUAAUGACACCGAGGCUCAGGAGGUUUCUCCUGUAGUUGGUAAUCAAAAGAGAAGACCACGUGUCGUUCUUGAAAUACCUAAGAAACAAAAAACAAGUACAGCUCUUGUUAUUCAAGAACAGAUUACAAAAAUUGCUGACUCGGCUUCUUCUUUUACAUCAAGAAAGCAAGCUGAGGUUGGCAUCAAGGAGGUGAUGGAUCUUGUCUUGGAUUGUGGGGCAGACUAUGGUAGCAAUGAGCAUGAUAUUGCUACCCAAUUGUUUGUGAAGAGGGAUCAAAGAGAAAUGUUCUUGACUCUUCCUACUAGAGAAAUUAGAUUCAACUGGCUUACAAGGAGGUACAAUGAUAAAUAUGGAAAUUGAAGACUUAGGGUUCUGUAACAUACUCUUUCGGCUUUCGGAUUCUUUUUUCUUCAGUUUCAUGUAUCAUGUGUGAACUAUUGAGGAUUGUAUGAAUAAUAAUGUUAGAGUUGCCAUGUUUUCAUGUA